AUGGUUGGAAAGUACACUGGCCUUACUGAUUCUUACCUCUCCGUGUUGAAGGCCCUUUUGCAUGCUUCUGUGGCAUGUCACAAGAAGCUUGUUGUAGAGUGGGUUGCAGCCAGUGACCUUGAAGAGAUUACAGCACAGGAAGCGCCAGAUGUCCAUAAAGCUGCAUGGGAUCUUUUGAAGGGUGCUGAUGGGAUUCUAGUACCAGGAGGUUUUGGUGACAGAGGAGUGCAAGGAAAGAUACUAGCUACAAAGUACGCACGUGAAAAUCAAGUCCCUUUCCUUGGCAUAUGUCUAGGAAUGCAGCUGGCUGUUGUUGAAUUUGCCCGUUCCGUUCUUGGCUUUGAGGAUGUAAACAGCACAGAGUUUGAACCAGAAACUUCAAGCCCUUGCGUCAUAUUUAUGCCAGAAGGAUCCACGACUCAUAUGGGAGGCACAAUGCGCUUAGGGUCAAGGAGGACUCACUUUCAGGUUCCUGAUUGCAAGUCUGCCAAGUUGUACGGUAAUGCAAAGUUUGUUGAUGAGAGACACCGUCACAGAUAUGAGGUGAAUCCAGAUAUGAUAUCAGAAAUUGAGAAUGCUGGGCUCUCAUUUGUUGGCAAGGAUGAGACUGGGCGUCGUAUGGAGAUAGUGGAACUACAAAGCCAUCCAUACUUUGUGGGUGUUCAGUUCCACCCUGAGUUUAAGUCAAGACCUGGAAAACCUUCUGCAUUGUUUGUUGGUCUUAUAGCAGCAGCGUCUGGGUGUUUAGAAGCAAUUCUGCAAGCAAGUGGCAAAGUGAACAAAGUUUCUACGAACACAAGAGUGGCUAAUGGACCAGCAAUGGGGAGUGUUUACCAGAACAGCAAUGUGUAUAGCAAUGGAAACGGGUUGCAUCACUGAUUCAAGAAAAUAGCAAAUUUUACUGCAUUUUUGUAGCUCUCUUGUCUUUUUUUUUCUUCCCUUAAUCAAAACCAAUUUGCAUGUAUAGAGCCUGAGUUUGUUUCCUUGUCUUGUUGUUAUGUUUUGGGGAUAGACAUGAUCCAUGGAUGUGAAAUAUGCUUCAUGUUCUUGGUUUAUUUUGCCUUUUCUAGUUAAAAGUAAUAAACAUCUAUAUUCUAGUGUG